AUGUCGUAUAUUGUUCCUAACACUGACUUUUCCGAUGAACAAUGGAUGCAUUGGCUCCAGCUUCAUGAAACUAGUAGUCUAUGGCCGGGAGUAUUCGAUGACGGUGGAAUUUUCAAGCGGUUAUCCGAGGAGAUACCGUUAGAUGCAUUACCGCCUACCACCCCAGUCCAAGAUACUACGUCGGCCGAAGAUACCACGGGACUGGACGAUGCCACUCCGGUCGGAGGCACGGCCGCAGUCGAAGAUGCAACUGCUACACCUAUCACAAGUAAUAGUACACCCAACGAUAGCGACACUUCCUUCAUUUUCGACGAAGGGGGAUUUCGCGACUAUCACAAACUCUCUCGCCGCGCACAAACAACGACUCUGGAACCUGACACUGGUCUGAGACUAUUCAAGGAUAGAUAUCCCGAUUGCACACGAAGCAGCAUCGUCGUCGAAAUCAAACUCAAAGGCCAUAAUAAGUGGAGCUACGAUUGGUCCGUCUCAUUCUCCUCCAACGAGCCGUUCAAUGAAGCAAACCGUGAGGGAGAUAUUGUGUUAAGGGUCAAUCAGCGCUGCGCAGCAUGCGUCAAAGUACUUGGCGAAGCUAUCUCCGCAAUCACCGAAUUUACCAAAGAAAACCGCAAUGCGAAUCCACCCAUCUCGAACUUUUACGUGCUCAUCCCCCAGGGCUCUAGAUCCAACUAUGCACUCCUCAGGUUUUUUCUCUAUGUGGAGCAAGGAGUCCACCUGGAAAAUGAUGACCCUGGCUGGUGCAUCGACGUGUACAAUGAACUUGCGGUGAUUUUGGAGAGGAUGCGAGAACUAAGGACGCAAGGAAUUAAUGUCAAGCUGUGGCAAAGGGUUUAG